UAGCCAACACUCUGUAUCUAUCUAUACCCCGCCAAUCACCUGUACAUCUCCUCGCUCUCAACCGACUCGUAGAAUCUCUCUCCAAGAUGGCUCCUCUCUUCUACAACACCUUUGUCAGGCGAAACUCGGUCUUCGUCUCGUCCAUCUUUUUGGGAGCCUUUGCCUUCUCCAUCACCUUUGACUUGGCCACUACCGCUUUCUGGGAGAGGCACAACCGAGGCAAGCUCUGGAAGGACAUCCGUGACAAGUAUGUCAAGACCGGCGAGGAGGAAGAUUAAACAGGCGGGAUAAGGAAUCAAGCGGAGAGGAAGCAUAGAUGCGGAGCGAAGGGUACGAGGAUGAAGGAUUGGUGUGAAGGAGAGCGGAGGUGGAGGAAGGAGUGUCGCCUUACCCCGCUCAACUCGGCGAGGGACUAGCAAGCCAGGUCAUGGCGGGAAUCGAAAUCGUUAGAACGGAAUCGUAUAACGACACGCGGAUCACCGGAAGACGAGAAAAAGAUGGACACAUUGGCAAUCGCUGGACCACAUCGAGGACGAGCCGGGGGUAGAAGGUUGUAUGAUAAGAAUCAGAAAAUGAUCUUG